CACACUCCAGAGAGCGCUGAAGAAAAAUCUUGGCGAGUAGCUCGGAUUCAAUAUUCGUUAGUGGUGAAAUUUGUGAUUUCGUGGAGAUUUCACGGUAUCAGUCUUCGAGUUUUCUCUUGAUCUUUGGCAGUUCAGUUCUAGCAACCGGUCGACCGCCGUUGAUUUGCAGUCGGCUUAUGAAGAUAAAAAAAGCCAGUGCUCCGGCUCCAUCUCCGUGCUUCCUUCUCAAUCUACGUUUUGUUUAUUUUCCUCGUUAGAGUUGUUUUGUGUGGUCAUUGAGAUUUAUCUCUUUCUCUACAAAGUAUAUGAAUGAUUAGAUUGUAUGAGACGCAAUUGUGUUGUUUCGUACGGAGUGCACUGACUUGUAUAUGAAAUUACUCUCUCAUUCAAUGUGAAAACUGAUUAAAUUAGCGUCUGUUUGGGAUAUUAGUAGGACGCUUUGUGAGUAUUUAAGUGUGGAUAGUUUUACCCUGGUGUUGAAUGAAUUGUCCUUACUAAAUAUAUCUGUUAUGGUGCAUGAAAAGAAUGCAACAAUUUUAGAUGCAUUUGAAUACUUCGAGUUUUUCAUAUAUUUGUCAAAAAGAAACAGUAACUUUGAUAUUGAUAUUUACCUACUCACUUUAUGUGAAACAGAUUAAUUUAAUGUCUACUUUAAGAUCUUUAGUAUUUCAGUGUGAAAUUACUUGCUGUCAUAUUGAAGACAUUGAGUUUAUUGUGUGAUGAAGUAGGAGAUCCAGUAGGAUUUGUGCUGGAUCAGAACGUUCUUUAAUCCCUGGGUGAAGCGAUACUACACCACGGCUACUGCAACCACCGCAGCAAGACUUCCAGAGGGAGUUUUGUCAGCACGAUCUCUUCGUGCAGCUUUUGCAGAAUCCUUAACAUGAGGUUCUCGCUAACAAGGAACAGGAACACAGAGUUGUCGUUGACUGAGAGGAGGAAAUUGAUGGAGUUUUUCCUGCUUCUCUGUGACUUUUUCUAGCACCAUUUGAAGAUGUUAUCUGUUUUAAUUAUGCUCUUCUCUGAAUAUAAUUCAAAGUCCAGGACUGAAAGCGGUAUUGAGGCUGAAAAGUGUUUAAAGGGAAAGCGGUUUUGUUUGGUGCCAAGACAUACACCCUCCAAUAUUUAUUACCUUUAAGAGAAGAAGCAAAGGAAGAGACAGCAUAAUACUAGGAAAUUAAUGAGGAGAAAGAGAAAAUGCUGCAAAUAUCAUCAGUGUAAACUGAAGUUUGCAUGCGCUCGUGAACGUGGUUGAACCAACCACUGAAAUUUGGAAUUCAGUUUCAGGAAGAAGGGAUAAGAAGAUCUCAAACAAACCAGCUGUAUUGCGUUAUAUUUGGAUCGUGGUGCAGAACAAUUUAUGUAUGAUGAAGUCUUACAAAAGGAAUAAAAAGUUAGAAGAAUCCUUGCCUGCACCAGAUGUAAAUGGUCCCUGAAACUUUCAGCGGAUGAUGCCAAAUUUUAUUUUUCAAAAAUCUGAUCAGUUCAGAGGCUGCUGCAGAAUCAUGACGGUGCCUUUGAAGAGAAAAUAUACCGACUUUCCUUUUAUGAGAACGCAGUUGUCUCCAUGUGUGUUCCUUUGUAAUUUCUUUUAAUAUAUAUCCUUGAAGGCAAGGGAAGAUUGGAUGCCUUUUAUUACUAUCAGAGGUUUCAGGGGAUAAAAGACUCCAGAAGGAAAGAGUAUCAAGAUUUCUGUUUCGUUUUUUGGUUGAGUAAUCUUUAUGGAAAUAGUUUCUGGAAGGGCAACGCCAUUGCUAUGGCCCAUAAUCACUCUCAAGCUUAUGUGGUUGAAAUAAGACAAAGGGCAAAAAGUUGAUUCCUUGCCUGGCCGGGAAGACUGUUACUUUUAGCUCUUUACACAACUUCUGAAUUCUUGAACAAGUUUUCUGGCUGCACGUUGGAUCAGACUUCAGUAAGUAAGUGCACUUGUCAUGGCAGAGGGGGAUCAGGCAGGCUGUAUGUGGAAUUUGAUUAGCAUAUUUGAUUUCCGUCAUGGUCGAUCCACCAGAAGAAUGCUUGCGGAUAGAAGACGAGCAAGCAAGCAAGACAUUGGUGCUGGACAUUCAAGUAACCAAACAAUUCUACCUCCUCUGUCUGAAAUUUGUGAAAAUGUGGUGGAUGCUGAAGACCAUAAUACACCUAUCACUAAUUUUGCCAAAACAAGUGUGAAGGAACUCAUGGAAGUAGAAAUGCGCAAUGAGCAAGGCUCAAAGAUCCGGUCAAAUUGUUCUGAGAUGGAUUUGGAGAAAAUUGAGGCAAAAUAUCAAAAUAUUAUGGAGAAGAAUCAUAGGAGGAAACAAAAAAGUUCCCAUAUAUCUCGAGACAUGGAUGUACUGGAGUUGGGUGCUGCAAACUGCUUUGUGCCUGAAAAUUUUCACAAAUUUCUUGAAGAAAGGCCUUCAGAUGAUCUUGUUCCGGAAAUAGUAAUGCAAGCACUGGCCCAGAUUAAUCUGGGGAGUACAGAAUGCAUGAAUCAUGAUUGUCCUGAUGUACCAUCUGGUCAAACUAUUUCAGUUGCUGAAGAACAGUUAGUUGCAGCUGUAAAUCUGUUUAUCGAACAGAGGUUAAGUAAUAGCAAGCAUUUUGAGGAAGAAGGGAAACCGUGUUGCUCCAGAGAGUUGGUGGAUGCUCUGCGAACACUAAGUUCUAAUAAGCGCUUGCUCUUUAAAUUACUUCAGGAAUGGAACCCUCUACUCAUUAAGCCCAUCCAAAACUUGGAGGACACUCAGUUGAGGAAAGACCGAACAUGCAGCUCCUUUUCAGCAUGCAAUUUGUCAGAAGAGAAGCUAAAAGAGUUGAAAUCUAAUAAAUUCAGUAGCCAUGGAAACCGUAACUUCUUUCGUAGAAGGAGGAAAUUGCUAGACAGCUACCUUUUCGGAGGGAACAAGGAUUUCCAGUCUUCAAGUAAAAUUGUCAUAUUGAAACCUGGAUCAGUGCCGGCACAGAGCCCUGAAACUGAUGUUGAUUUUCCCAGCAAUGCAUUCCAGUCACACUAUGAAAUGGAUAAGAAUGUGCACAAUGAGAGAAAUGCACCGCAUUUUUCUUUGACUGGCAUUAAAAAGAAGCUGUGGCAAGCAAUAGGAAAGCAGAGAGGGGAAAUUUCUCAUGAUGGACGGAUCCUUAAAUUUGCGAGUAACCAAAAUGGGACUAGUGGCAACAAAGGCACAAAGGGGGAAAUUUUUUGUUGGAGAUCUCCUAAUAGGAACCAUUUUUAUACUGAAAGAUUUGCCAAAUCUUCCACAAGCUUUAAGAUGGGUGAACAGGUUGGUAAGUUAAAAUAUAGUGGCUCAACAAUGCUGAAUCAAACCUGUCAAUCAGCAAAGCUUGGGGUACCUAACAUCUAUAUUGAGGCUAAAAAACACCUCUCUGAUAUGCUGACCCACGGAGAUGAAAAUGCAGAGUCCACAAACAGGGACUCCCCCAAAUCCCUUGGCAGGUUCCUUUCUCUUUCUGAUUAUAGUGGUUCUCCGUGCUGCAGCCCUAGAGAACAACAUGAUGAUGUCUUUACAACCUCCCUGGUGUUAUCUCCAUGCGGAUCAGUCAAGAACAACUUCAAUGGGCUUUUGCAAGAAAACCAUACCAAUCAUCCGAGUAGGCAAACAUUGGACUAUCGACCAUGCAUCUCUCCUAGCAAUCCCGAGGUCCAAGUACAGUGCCUCAAUAUGAACGUUAGUAUUUCAUUGGAAGGUGACAAAGAAUAUUCUUCAGAAAUUCAAUCCUCUAACGAAGAUAUUAUAAUUCCUGAAGUUUCAAGAUCGUUUGUGAGAGUUGUGGAGAAUCAAGAAACGAAUGGAUCAAAUGCUCAUGAGGAGGAAAAGACCACUUAUACUUGUACUAAUUCAUCCAGUAAUUUUGUCACUGGAGAUUACCAGAAUGCAGACAUUAGAGAAGUAGAAAAUGAUGAAAUCGCUUCUGAAUGUUCGAAAGAUUCUUCUGUGUGCUUCAAAUCGGAUCUAUUUGGAGAGGUUCAAAUAAUGUCUUCUCCACAAGUUUCUCCGACAUGCUCUCCAGCAAGCAGGGAACUGAAAGAGUCUGACUGCGUAGUUGACAGAACAGAACGACCCAGUCCUGUAUCUGUUCUUGUACCAUUGUCCACAGAUGACGAUAUCAGUCCUGCAAGCACCAUAUCUCAGCCAGUAAAAAAAGAAAUUCAACCGUGCCAUAUCGACUUUGAACAACAAUCUUCGGCUAACGACCAAGUAAUCUGCAUGAGAAUUUCGACCGAGGGUGAGGAGUCUGCAUUUGAGUAUGUCGAAGCGGUGCUGCUUGGUUCAGGUUUGAACUGGGACGAGUUUUUUUUGAGAUGGCUUUCUUUAUACGAAAUUCUGGACCAAUCAUUGUUCGAUGAAGUCGAGUUAUAUUCUGGUCGACCCUGUCACGAUCAGAAACUCCUCUUCGAUUGUGCUAAUGAAGUUUUAGACGAUAUUUGUGAAAGCUAUUUUGGAUCCUUCAGUAAACAGAACAUUCACAUUCAGCCUCUCCUGAAAGGGAUAGAUCUUAUACACGAGGUAUGGCAACGAAUCGAAUGCCAUCUCAUGCAGCAUGCAAUGCCUCACCCUCUGGAUCAGCUCGUUAGAAGAGACAUUUCAACAUCUGAAAAAUGGAUGAAUCUCCAAUCAGAUAUUGAGCUCGUCAGUUUUGAAAUGUCGGACAUCAUUUUCAACGAAAUCGUGGACGACACUCUACUGUGCUUCAUAGACUGCACAUCCAAGUACAAGUUUCAAGUCCUUCAAGUUGAAUCCGACUCAACUAAGGUUACCAGCUCGUAGAGUAUAACUGAUUAUUCCCCAACUCUGGAAGAUACACAGAACAUAAAUCUCAGAAACAUCAGCAUUGCUCCGCAAAUUUGGACAUGGUUACAGUUUCUUAGUACAGUAAGUACUUUCGUCCCCCACAUGGUAGCAUCCACUGUUUCUUUUCAGACACUUAUCGUCUUAGGGUACUCAGUCGUCGGUGUAUUUAGCAUCUUCUGCAUCCACAUGUUUGAAGUUGUGUCUGAUUUCUUGAUUCCGCAUAGGUUUUAUUUUUAAUACAGAAUGGAGAGAUAUUACAGGU